AUGGCUCCCACGGCGUUGACACCUCCAGUCGAUGUGGUCUCUGACGGAUCAGCAUGCGAACAGCUUGGGUGUACCCUUGCACGACUGGUGCUCGCAGCUCUGUCGUGGCUAGCCAAGGGUGCCGGCAAACUGUUGUCCUGGCUUUGGCACGCCUCAGGUGCAGCGUAUCUAUUUGACUUCAUCCUGGAGGCUCUGAAAAUCGUGGCCAUUAGUGUUGCCGCUGUGCUCAUAGUCCCUUGGACCCUCUUGAUCGCCAUCAGGAUCAUUCUCUGGGUCGCCAAAGAAUGCAGAAAACGAAUACGAAGGCCUCUUUGGUCCAAGCCCACGCCGCGACGAGGGUUUGAGGAACCACGACAUUUUCAUCCAUUCCCAGCGGCGUCCUCUAGCUCGAGGGGUUCCGCAAGCUCUAGGACACCGCUCUACUCGAAUUACGGCACUUGCGCCGACUCCGCCGGUCGGGCUCCUCCACCACGGGCUCCUCCACCACAGCCUACCAACAUCGACCAGCAAUUCGUGCCUCCCGCGAAAAAGUCCUCUGUGACCUUUCAGAAGUGGUAUCGUCACACUCAAACGUGUCUAUCAGAUAAACCGAACCUACAAGAAUUCCCUUUCCCGCCCAUUGCUUCAUGUACCGAAUGCAAAGACAAAGCAGUUCAAGGCCAGCCUUGUCACCACGCCAUUGCUGAAUUUUUUCAACAGUCACCCGAAUACUCUCGCCAAUGGCUGAGACGGGAAAGAAAGCGCUGGCAUCCCGACAAAUUUAGUCAAUGCUCCGAUACUAUACGCGGGUCGGCGGAGGACGUGUUCAAGAUUGUACAAGAACUAUACCAGCUCGAUCCUCCAAUCUAA